UCUUCUCAGGUUCCCACAGUGACCUUUUUACAUGGAUGAAAUACAUACAUAGGUUCUCACAAGGCUUACAAAUGCGACAGGUGGACAUGAUCCAAGAUGGAAUAACAAAGAGCACCAGGACCCUCUCUAUGAUGUCCAACAAACUCAAGCAAAUGUGCGUCAAAAGUCUGCGAAAGUUUCGCAAAAAGAAAGGACAGAAAGUGGGGGGAGCUGACAUCAUUGUUCAGAUUGAUGAGAGCAAGUUCUGCCACAAGCGAAAGUAUGGCAAAGGUCGCUAUGGAAACACUUGGAGGAGGAAGAGAACGUGGGUAUUUGGAAUGCUUGAAAUAAGGCCACACCUCAAGCGUCCCAUACUCCGCCUGGUCAAAAAAAGAGACAAAAACACACUGAUCCCGAUCAUCAGAAAACAUGUUAAGCCUACGACUCUUGUAGUAAGCGAUGACUGGAGAGCUUACUCAAGCCUAAAAGAGGAAGGAUAUCGGCAUGUAAGGGUUAACCACAGUCAAAACUACAUCGACCCGAUUUCAGGUCUGCACACACAAAACAUCGAGAGGGCAUGGCAGACAUACAAAAAGGAGGUUUGGCAUAUGAGAGCCAACAGGUCUGAGAAAUCUUUAAGAAAGCAUCUCUGCUUCAUAGAGUGGACAUACUGGUUGGGCAGAAUGCACAAAUAUGGGGUGCUUGGUAGACUUUUUAAAGACAUCAGAUGUGCAUAGAGCAAAAAGGUAAUUCAGUAUACUGUUUUUGAUAUUUCAGUAAUGUGUAUGUUUUGUUUUAUUGGCUGUUUGACCUGUAAUUCUGAAAUGGUUUAAAAAUGACUGUAGUAAUGUGAUAUAUAUAU